AUGCCCUGCUUUUCUGAACUUUUCUACAUGUUAUCUUUCAAAAGGCCUCGCAACAGCCAACAAUUUCAGAAAGCGAUUAUUCUUUGUGUCCAGACAACCCUUCCCCAGAGCCCAGAGGAAGCUCCAUUUUUGUCAAAAUCUGCUGCUGGCCGGAGACUGCAGGAUGUCUCGACAGUGUCGUCGGAGGCGACAGUGACCUUGACGGCAGUGGCUGGAGGUUGUGAUGUGCAGCCGAAGCUUCGACACUUGCUAUUGGAGGACAAACACCUCGAGGAUAAUAAAACUUUUACUCGGCAGUUCAUUGAACAUCCGAGAGGCAAAGAAAACUAUUCAACAUUUAUUUUCAAAGCAGAAUCAGGGUCUUCUACUGCAAAGGCACUGCAUUUUCAUCCUCUGACCAAGGAAGAUUUCCAGAUCAUACUUGGCGUGGAAAGAUUUCGCUGUCCUGAAAUUCUGCAACAUCCCAAUUGGAUCAGGGUUGAGCAGUUAGGGUUGGACGAGAUGGCUAUUUCUUUCCGGACAUGGGCAAGCUGGAAUUCGGACGAUCAGUCCAAGUGGCACACGCUCGUGCACCUAGAAGGAUUAUCAAAGCCUCGGAUCAGAUUUUCGAUGAAUGGCAUGGAGCUGCUGCUUAUGCAGCUGCAAUGCAAUUACCUCAGCAAACGUUUAGUAAGAUGGAUUAUUAUGAAAAGGGUGAAGAUUGGCUUAAGAACUACCAAAUUAUAG